UGACCAGUUUCUGUAUGCAGUGACAAUUUGUAACCAGGUUUAAACCUUGUGGAGUUACCACGCCUUGAAACCACAGUUAAAAAUAUUAACCAGAUACUGACGGGAUUCGAAAAGGAUAUGGUCAAGUCGUUGUCAUUUUUAUUUUAAAGCUGGGGCAAACUUUCGAAUUACACUUACUAACUUGGUGAAUUAACUUCACUCUUGGGGAAAGGGGGGGGCAUUUCCGUAUGUGGAUGGAAACAAUACUUUUUGGUGUUUAAGGUUAACCAUUGAGAUUUCAAUUCAGUUUUCACAAACGAAUCAAGCAGAGAUGUUUUCGGCCAGGUAUGAUGGCGAGGGACAGAACGGGCAAAAUGAGCAGGUCACCUUCCUGAGCAACAAAGACAAGAUGGCGUCUAAAAGGCGGACCGGUGUGCUAGUGGGGGUUCUGGUGGCCCUGCUGGUUGUGAUGGCUGUAGUUGGCAUUCUCCUCUGGCUGUUCAUCUUUAAGGAGUCGUCGCCGACCGCCCUCAGUCAGAGGCGUGUCCCAGCUCAGCUCGUGUUCAGUGGGCACAUGAAGCUAGAAGGCAUGCAGUACAACCAGCUACUGGAGGAUCCCACUAGCUCCAUGUUCAAUGAGCAGGCAGAUAACCUGGAGGAUAUUCUGAAAGUCAACUACAAGAGCGAUCCUUUCCUGUCCAAGUACUACACCAAAUCUAUAGUGACUGCUUUCAGCGAGGGCGUGGUGGCCUACCACUGGACCAGCUUCGACAUCCCCGCCAGCGAGCUGGAGGUUGUGCCCGAGUUCUCUGAGGAGAGGGUUUUGCAGGUGCUGUGGAACAACAUCAGGGACCAGGGCUCCCGCGUCCUGCAGAACGUACGCAUCACCGAAGUGACCGCCUCGCUCACGGACCCCCGGAUGGCGAUGAACCCCAGAGGCGAGGACUGCUUCUACAAGCUGGAGGCAGCGGAGUCUGCCCAGAGCUUCCAGUCUCCAGGGUUCCCAGACAAGUACCCUCCGAGGCUGCGCUGCCAGUGGCAGAUCCGGACGUCGGCGAACAAGGCCAUUUCUGUCAGCUUCACCCACUUCCACAUCGAGGACGACUGCUCCAACGACUUUUUGUCCAUCUACGACUCGCUGAGUCCGGAUGAGUCCCAGGCCAUUACCGAGAAGUGCGGUCAGAGGCCUCCGUCCAACCCUCUGGAGGUGGUGUCAUCCAGCAACAUCAUGCUGCUCAACAUGAUCACAGACAGCGGCAUCCAGAGACCGGGCUUCAGGGCCGUGUUCAAAGCCAUCCCACCCACCACAGAAGUCAGCUGCGGAGGCGUGCUCAAGGAUGGCAGCGGGAAGUUCACCUCCCCCCACUACCCCAGCUUCUACCCCCCCGCCGUGGACUGCAAGUGGAGCGUGGAGGUGCCGACGGGCCAGAAGAUUCGUGUGAGGUUCACCAUGUUCCGGAUGAAGGAACCGGGCGUGGACACCCGCGUCUGCCACAAGGACUACGUCCAGGUGAUGGAUAUCAAGUACUGCGGGGAACUGGUCACCCUUACCCUCACCAGCAACACCAACAACAUGGUGAUAAGCUUCCACUCGGACGAGUCCUUCACCGACAAAGGCUUCUCGGCGGAAUACAGCGCCUACGACCCUGCCAACCCCUGUCCGGACAUGUUCGCCUGUGCCUCUGGGAUGUGCAUCUCCAAGCUCCUUCACUGCGACGGCUGGAACGACUGCGGAGACAUGAGUGAUGAGAGGAAAUGCAAGUGUGACAAGGACCAGUUUGCCUGUGACAAUGGCAUGUGCAAGCCCAAGUACUGGGUGUGCGACCGCGUCAACGACUGCGGUGACGAAAGCGAUGAGAAGCAGUGCAGUUGCGGACCUACCGAGUGGCGUUGCGGCGACGGGACCUGCGUGUCUCGGGGCGUGGUGUGUGACAAGAGGAAGGACUGUGAGGACGGCAGCGACGAGUUCUCCUGCGAAGUCGCCCCGAGUAUCUGCUCCGACUACAGCUUCGUCUGCCAAGACAAAGUGUGUGUGAACAAGGUGAACGCCGAGUGCGACCGGAUCGACGACUGCGCCGAUCGCUCUGAUGAAAAAGACUGCGCCGAUUGUGGCACCCGGCCUUACAAGCUCAACCGCAUAGUGGGCGGGCAGAACGCCCAGUUGGGGGAGUGGCCAUGGCAGGUUAGCCUCCACUUCAUGACCAGCGGGCACGCGUGUGGCGCGUCAAUCAUCUCCAACACCUGGCUCCUGUCGGCUGCCCACUGCUUCAAGACCACCAGCCCGGAUAACCACGUGGCGGCCAACUGGCAGACGUACAGCGGGAUGCAGGACCAGUACAAGAUGGAGGGCGUGGAGCUCCGCUCGCUGAAGACCAUCAUCACUCAUCCGGACUACAACCCGAUGACGUUCGACUACGACGUGGCCCUGCUGGAGCUGAGUCGGCCGCUGGAGUUCACCAACACCAUCCACCCCGUGUGUCUGCCUGCCCCGUCGCACGUCUUCCCCGCAGGCUUGGGCUGCUGGGUGACGGGCUGGGGCACCCUCAGGGAAGGAGGCAGUGUUUCUCGGCUGCUGCAGAAGGCAGAGGUGAAGAUCAUCAACGACUCAGUGUGUAACGUGGUGACUGAGGGACAGGUCACCUCCAGGAUGCUCUGCAGCGGCUUCCUAGCCGGAGGAGUGGACGCCUGCCAGGGAGACUCUGGGGGCCCCCUGGUGUGCUAUGAGGAGAGGAGCGGCCGCUGGUUCCAGUCAGGCAUCGUGAGCUGGGGCGAGGGCUGCGCUCGUCGCAACAAGCCCGGAGUCUACACCCGCGUCACCAAGCUCAGGGGCUGGAUCCAGUCGAUGACGGGGAUUUGAUGAUGAAGGGACAGGAGGGACCUAGUGUGGUGGCCGACGUCACAGAGCCAAAAAUAAGAGGGAUGCUAUGCGGAGUGUGAUUGGGGACAAGUCUCACCACGACCACACCAGCAGUCAGCCGCCCAGACACCCUCUGAGUCAAGCCCCUCACCACUGGGCUGGCUUUACUCGGCCACACUCUCACAUCACUGACUUCAAAUGCUUUGAGAUUAGCCUCUCUCUCUUUCUCUGUCCUUCUCUCUCUCUGUCUCUCUCUCUCUUCCUCUUUCUCUCCCUCUAUCCCUUGCGAGCGCUCUCAUUUUCUCCCUCUUGCGCUCUCAUUUUCUCUGUCACACUUUCUCUUUUUUUGCCUCCCUUCGUUCCUUCGUUGCACAGCAGAGUUUCUACACCAUUUUUUUAAAAACAUUUUUUACUGGUUGACAGACUCUUGCAACCCUAUCAAUCAUGUCAUGUUCUUCUAGCUCCAGGAAUAUUCAUGAGCAUGUAAAUAAUGAAAUAUGUGCAUUUUACAGACACUCCACUCCCAUGGCAUUUGCCCAGUUUUAUCCAUGCCGUAGUGAGACUAAACAUAUUCCGAAGUUCAGACCAGCACCAAACAAACCGAGGAAGCGGGACUGAAGAAGGUCGUUUUAGUUUGAUUUUCCAUCCUAUUUCUUUUCUGUGUCGAUCCUGUCCUCUGACGAUUUGCCUCUAUACCGUAGCUUGACGCGUAUUGGGAUAUUUUGACUUAUUUAUAUGAGAAAGAUGUUUGUGUCCUUGUUGCAUUUUACUGUUGGUAGCAUGUCUCUGUGCAUGUUGGUUUCCCCUGCAGUAGGACCUGGUGGGCCUCCAGAACCAGGGACGAAUCAGAUGGAGGAUAAGACCCAGGGAAACUGGUCUGCUCUCUGUUUGACGGUUAAGCUGAGCCUGAUGGGGUCGUCAAUCCCGUGUGUGUGUGUGUGUGCGUGUGUGGGUGUGGGUGUGAGAGAGAGCUCAAGCCAAUCAAUGUCAGGGGAUUCUCCGGUUGCCAGAGCAACAAAAUGGGCUCUCACCUCUACCGUGGAGGUCUCUACUCAUUGGUCAAUCCUGGUUCCGCUUUUAACUGUCAAAUUCUUCAUCAGGUUUCUUCCCCUCACUCCCUACAGAAUACAGAUUCUCUCUAAUGUUACAACUUAAAGCCAAAUAUCUUGAUAGUGAACAUGGUAAUGAGAAAACAGAGUGAAAUAUAAUGUAAAAUAUAUGAUAUAAGCAAUAUAAUAUGUGGAAAUGGUAUAUUCUCAGUUUUUUCAUAUUGACACAUUUGGAAUGGCUACUGUAUUUCUUAAACUAUGCAAUCAUGGAGUUGGAUUUUACGUAAAUGUGUGUAUUUUAAUGAAUUAUGUGCACUGCAGUUGCUUGUGUCGUUUGUGUAUGGUGGAUCUUUGCCUUUUCCCUUCAAAUUGUUUUGUUUGUAUUUGAAUGCGCCGUGUUUUUAUAUGACAGAUUUAUGAUUCAUUAAACAUCCUUUAUCUGAAGCCUUGCA